CGCUUUACGACCCUCUUUACGGGUGUUUGCGACAGCUCUCCGCGUACACACGGCAGCAUGACGGAACACGGUAGUGAGAAGAUGGCGGAAGAAGAGCGGAAUGCCAGUGCAGAGAAACUCAAGGAGAAAGCGAAUAACUACUUUAAAGAUAAAGACUAUGAGAACGCCAUCAAGUAUUACACAGAGGCACUGGAGCUGAACCCGAGCAAUGCCGUCUACUACAGUAACAGGAGUCUGGCGUACCUGCGCACCGAGUGCUAUGGCUAUGCGCUGGUGGACGCCACGAAGGCCCUGGAGCUGGACAAGAGCUACAUCAAGGGCUACUACCGGAGGGCCACCUCCAACAUGGCCCUGGGCAAGUUUAAAGCAGCUCUCAAAGAUUACGAGACGGUCGUUAGAGUUCGUCCCAAUGACAAAGAUGCCAAGAUGAAGUACCAGGAGUGCAAUAAGAUUGUCAAACAGAAGGCCUUUGAGCGGGCCAUCGCCAGCGACGAGCUCAAACGAUCGGUCGUCGACUCCUUAGACAUCGAGAACAUGAUGAUCGAGGAUGACUAUGCUGGACCUAAGCUUGAAGAUGGGAAGGUUACACUGAAGUUCAUGAAAGACUUGAUGGCCUGGUUCAACGACCAGAAGAAACUGCACAGAAAGUGUGCUUACCAGAUGCUUGUUCAAGUUAAAGAGGUUUUAUCCAAGCUUCCCAGUCUUGUUGACAUUUCUUUAAAAGAGACAGAAGUAUUAACUAUUUGUGGAGACACACAUGGCCAGUACUAUGAUCUCCUAAAUAUCUUUGAGCUGAACGGUUUACCAUCUAUAACUAAUCCAUACCUGUUUAACGGUGACUUUGUGGACCGCGGCUCGUUCUCUGUAGAAGUCAUUCUCACGCUGUUUGGCUUCAAGCUGCUGUAUCCUGAACACUUCCACCUGCUUCGAGGGAACCACGAGACGGAUAACAUGAAUCAGAUGUACGGCUUCGAGGGCGAGGUGAAAGCGAAGUACACCGCCCAGAUGUUCCAGCUCUUCAGUGAAGUCUUCCAGUGGCUUCCUCUCGCCCAGUGCAUCAGUAACAAAGUGCUGGUGAUGCAUGGAGGACUGUUUAGUGAGGAUGGUGUGAGCUUAGAUGAUAUUAGAAAAAUAGACAGGAACAGACAGCCUCCAGACUCUGGUCCGAUGUGUGACCUCCUGUGGUCAGAUCCUCAGCCACAGGACGGACGGUCCGUCAGCAAGCGCGGUGUGAGCUGUCAGUUUGGGCCUGACGUCACGGAGCGCUUCCUGGACCAGAACAAGCUGCAGUACAUCGUGCGCAGUCACGAGGUGAAAGCCGAGGGUUACGAGGUCACUCACUCAGGGAAGUGCAUCACCGUGUUCUCAGCGCCAAACUACUGUGACCAGAUGGGAAAUAAAGGAGCAUACAUUCAUCUCAGGGGAUCAGACCUCAAGCCAGAGUUUCACCAGUUUACUGCUGUGCCUCAUCCAGAUGUCAAGCCGAUGGCGUACGCUAACUCUCUGAUGCAGAUGGGUAUGAUGUAGAGGUCCGGGUCUCU